AUGGCUGAAGCGCCUACUAUCCACAAUCUUCCGCAGGAAAUUCUCCUCCACAUCGUCAAGAGUAUCGAUCCACCGUCACGCUUCCGGUCUCAACAGGAAUAUUACAAUCUCUGCCUCGUCAAGCCCUUCAAGCCCGCGGCAACGGAAUAUCUAUAUUCCUGGUGCUAUAGUUACAGCGAUGUCCUUCUACUCCGGACCGUGCUCCAGCAUCCCGAGCUUGCGGCUCUCAUUCGCGAUUUGACAUUACGUCCGUGUUACGAAAAGAGCUGCCAGUCCUUGCCGACUCCAGAGGACAUGGCGCUGUUCAACCAAGCCAUUCAAGCCCUUGGACUGCAACCCAAUGAUGAGGUUCGAUGGAUCGCCCGAUUGCAGCAAAACCCUCACGAUUGCGGACCCGAAAGCGAUGGAAUAGCUGCUCUCCUGCUCCUUCAUGCCCCGAACAUCACCCACUUGACCAUGGACUGGGGUUUCUUAGAGACAUUGAUGUUCGACCAAGACUGUAUUGCGUUCUCUUCAUGGUCGUUCCAGACUUAUUGCAACCUCAAGUCCCUCGAACUCUCCAAGGUAGACCUGAGUACUGCGCAAAUAGCAUCUCUAUUCAGAUUACCUUCGCUGGAAGGACUGUCGAUUACGUUGUACAAACAAUUGACUACUAUCUCCGAGUCCGAACGACAGCUCUUUGAGGCCGGCACAUCCAAUAUCAAGUCACUAUGCUUGAGAACUUCAAUUUACCCUGAUGUUCUCGUGUUGAUGCUUGACUCCUGCAGGAGCUUGACGAGACUCUCCUGUGCGCUCUCGUAUCCUAACGGCUACGGUAUUGGCUUCGACUCGGCUUUGCUUAAUGAAGCGCUGGUGAAGCACAAGCACUGCCUGCGCGAACUAGCGUUGCUCAACAUGGUCCCCGUGGCCGCCGGCACGUGGACGCCCUUCGAGAAAUUGGAGACUUUGUGGGUCUACGCGAGUACUCUCUACCGAGGAUUGGAUUGGCCGAAGUUAGCGUCCAUCAUGCCGCCAAAUCUACAACGGCUCCGGCUCGACACACUCAAAUUCCCAGAUUCGGGGUUUAUGGGGCAACUUCUUGAUCGACAUGGUCCCUUUUCCACCCUCGUUGAGCACAAGGACGUCUGCCUGCCUCGCCUCCGACAUCUCAGUCUUAGGGUUUUGGAUUUAGAUUACAAGGACGUAGAAGCCUUUUCUAAAUUGGACAUAACGGAGGGACUUGAGGGCCGUGGAGUGAUGGUUGAUUUCGAGGACGACGUGAUCGACAUUGAGGAAGACUACUAUUUGGAAGACUACUAUUGGGAUGUGAUAGACUGA